UCCACCAAACCCCAGUCCCCCGAAGUUGACCAAAACGAAACCAAAUUCCAACUUGAGGAAUCUCUGUGCUCUGUGGAAACCCUACCUAUAAAACCGUACUUUGUUGCAGAGUUAAAUUUUGUGCAUUAGCAAUGGGUUCAGGGAGCUCGGAAGUGAAGGUAUUGGGGAAGUGGGCGAGCCCAUUUAGCAACAGGGUUGAGCUCGCUCUGAAGCUGAAGGGAGUAACCUACGAAUACUCCGAGGAAGAUCUCGCCAACAAGAGCCAUGACCUACUCAAAUACAACCCUGUUCACAAGAAGGUUCCUGUUCUCGUCCACAACGGAAACCCUCUAGCUGAGUCGCUUCUUAUUGUUGAAUACAUCGAUGAGACUUGGAAUAAUAACCCCCUUUUGCCUCAACACCCUUACGAGAGAGCCUUGGCACGUUUCUGGGCUAAGACCUUAGAUGACAAGAUUUUGCCUGCAAUAUGGAAUGCGUGCUGGAGUGAUGAGAAGGGGCGAGAGAAGGCAACGGCGGAAGCCAUGGAAGCUUUGGAGAUCCUGCAGGAAGCACUGAGGGAGAAGAGGUUCUUUGGUGGAGAGAGCAUAGGAUUGGUAGAUAUUGCUGCCAAUUUCAUUGGAUAUUGGGUUGAAAUAUUGCAGGAGAUUGCAGGGUUGAAAUUGCUUACUCUCGAGAAAUUUCCCAAGUUAUAUAAAUGGAGCCAAGAGUUUGUGAAUCACCCUGUCAUCAACGAGGGCCUGCCUCCCAGAGAUCAGUUGUUUGCUUUCUUCAAAGCUUCUGCAAAGAAAUAGAACAAUUUCAGAAGUCGGAUUCGUAAUAAAUUCCCAAUGUUUUUCUUCCAA